AUGGCUCCCGAGGUGCCGCCGCCGCCGGGAAAGAUCUACAAGCGGCCGACGCACGGACGGCCGACAAGGUACCUCUUUGUGGGCAACUGCGGAUACGGCGUCGGGAUGAACGAGGAGGAGUGCCGCGACCUCGUCGCUCCAUGGAACGGAUCUGUACGAUACGUUCCCGGCAAGGCCUUCAUCCUGGCGGCGUUCCCGGACGCCGACGCGGCCGCGGCGGCGCGCGCCGCGCUCAGCGUGCGCCACCCCGCGUGCUCCCCGCAGCGCCCCAUGCUCCCGUCGUACACCGACUGCAAAGAGCCCGCAGUCGUGCCCGUCACCUACCAGGAGGCGCAGCCGGGCGCGAACGCCGCGCGCCUGGGCGUCCCGGGCCUGGCGCUCGUGGAGGACUUUGUCAGCGCGGAGGAGGAGGAGCAGCUGCUGCGCGAGGCGGACGCCGCGCCCUGGGACAACCUGAAGAAGCGGCGCGUGCAGCACCACGGUUACCGCUUCAACUACGAGACGCGCGUGAUCGACGUGGACGUGGGGCCCUCGGGCCCGCUCCCGCCCCUCGCGGGCGCCCUCGCCCGCCGCAUCGAGGCCUCCGCGCGCGAGCACGACGCGAUCCGCGCCGUCGUGAACGCCACGGACACCUCCGCGCCGGAGCCGGCGUUCCCGCGCGCCAUCGACCAGCUGACGCUGAAUGAAUACACCCCCGGGGUGGGUCUGUCGCCGCACGUGGACUCGCACUCGUGCUUCGAGGGCGCCGUGGCGAUCGUGUCGCUCGCGAGCGACACCGUGAUGUCGUUCCGGCGCGCCCCCACCGCGCCCGGGGACGGCGACGGCGGCAGCGAGGGCGCGCGGGCCAAGGCGGACACGAAAGCGCUGCUGCUGCCGCGGCGGUCGCUGCUCGUGAUGCACGGCGAGGCGCGGUACGCGUGGGAGCACUACAUUCCGCACCGGAAGGAGGACCGCGUGGUCGGGCGGCCUGACGCCAUCCCGCGGGGGAGUCGAAGGGUCAGUCUGACGUACCGCUGCGCACGGAAGACGCCGUGCCGCUGCCGAUACCCCUGGGCCUGCGACAGCCAGGGCAACUACUCGCCCACGCGCCUCAUGAUGCGCAAGCUCCAGGCAGCGGGCAACACACCCUCCACCACCAGCGAACCGGCUGCCGCGCCGGCCGGCCCGGACAGCGCAGCCAGCACGGGCGCCGACGACCGCGCUCUCAUCGCGUCCCCCGAGGCGCUCGAGACGGCGCACGUCCACGAAGUAUACGACGCGAUCGCCGCGCACUUCAGCGCUACGCGAUUCUCCGUCUGGCCGCGCGUGCGCGAGUUCCUCGAGUCCCCCGACCUGCCCGCGAACGCCCUGAUCGCUGACGUUGGCUGCGGGAACGGCAAGUACUUCGGCGUGCGGCGCGACGCGUUCGUUGUCGGCACGGACGUUUCGCGCGGGCUGGCGGUGCAGGCGGCUGCGCGGCUGCGCGGCGGGCGCGCUGCGAGCUGGGCCGCGGGGGAGACGGUGACGCUCGCGGACGUCGCGGUCGCGGACGGCCUGCGCGGGCCGCUGCGCUCCGGCGCGUUCGACGCCGUGGUGAGUGUGGCGGUGAUCCAUCACAUCAGCACCGAGGAGCGCCGGGUGGCGUUCGUGCGCGAGGCGGUGCGGCUGCUGCGGCCUGGCGGCCGCGGGCUUCUGACGGCGUGGGCCACGGAGCAGGGGGACCCGCGGAAGCUGCAGAAGUGGCGCCGGUUGGAGCGGGCGGCGGCGGCGGGGGGGUUGGGGGCGGAUUACUUCGUGCCGUGGCACGUGCCGUUCCACCGAGUGCCGGCGGUGGGUGUGGGUGGGGAGGGCGCGGGUGGGGGCGCGGCGGCGGAGGCGGCGAGGAGUGCGGCGCGAGGGGGCAGCAGGGAGGGUGCGGGGGGUGUGGGGACGCCGGGGGUGGAUGCGGAGAAGCGCGCGGUGGUGUACAAUCGGUUCUACCACCUGUUCGAGCGCGGGGAGCUGACGGCGCUGGUCGAGCGCGCGGGGGGCGCCGUGCCGCUGUCGGAGGUGUACGACAGGGACAAUUGGGUUGUGGUCUUUCAACGAUCAUGA